UAUAGCUAGCUAAAUUUUCAUUCUCAGCUUAUUGUUCCUUUCUCUUACUAUCAGGCUCAUAAACCACACAACACAAACUGUCAAAGUUACUUCUCGACAACAUCAACCACAUACCAUACAAUACAACAACAAACAUCAUCAUCAAAACCAAAACACCAUGGCUUCCAACCCAAACCCAAACCCUCAACCCCCUCCGCACUACACGCCAGGUUCCAUGAACUUUUGGGACUUUGUCAACGGGUUUAACCCCGCCCACCACCAGCCCGGCAUGGGCACCGACCACGCCCCUCCCCCUCCCCCUCCCCCUUUCCCGUUCCCUUUUCACGCCGGCCCCCACGGCCCGGGACCCUGGUGGACGCCUUUCGGCACUCCAAACCCCUGGGCACCGGCCGGAGGUAACGGAGGCCCGCCCCGCCGCCAUGGGAGACGCCACUGCGGCCGCCGUCGGUGCCACGGCGAGUGCGACCAGUCGGCGUCCUCGUCCCCGUCAUCUUCCGACGACGAAGGUGGUGCCAACGCUGCUGCCAACGCUGCUGCCAACGCUGCUGCCGCCGCCGGGCCGUCGACCGAGGGCAACAAGGACGCCAACACGGCCGGCGCUCAGGGCGAGAAGGCCGCGUCGCCCGAGACAGGAGAGAGGGGUGGUGGACGCCGUCGCCACCAUCACCACCGCGGCUCCCCGUCCCCUGAUGGAGGACCUCACCGUCACCACCAGCACCACCACCACCACCGCAGACGCCAGGGCCCCAGGCCUGGGUUCAACGGCGAGGCUUGGAUGGCCACGCUGGCGUCGCACCCGCUCGCCCAGCAGCUGCGCAACUACAUCGCAUCGACCGUCGCUGCCCCCGGCGGGAUGGGUGACGCCCGCGCGGGUGCCACUGCCGCUGCAGCCGGUGGCGCUACUGGUCAAGAAUCCGGACCGCAGGAGACUGCUGCUGCCGCAGCAGCAACCGCCGAGGACAACAACGACGACGUCGACACGUUUGCACCCCCAGUCGAUAUCUUCGAGGUCCGCGGGUCGGGCGACCCCAACACGGCGACGGCCAGCGCCUGGGUGGUGCACGUAGCCGUGCCGGGCGUCAAGAAGGAAGACGUCGGCGUGUCGUGGGAGGCGGAGCGCGGCGUGCUCAACAUCUCGGGCGUCGUGUACCGGCCCGGCGACGAGGAGUUCCAGCGUGGGCUGGUGAGCUCCGAGCGGAGGGUGGGCCUGUUCACGCGCGACGUGAAGCUGCCGCCGCAGAACCGGCGGGAGGGCGCGGGUACCGGAACGAAGGAGGAGAUCGACGGUGAUGGGAUCACGGCUAGGCUCGAGGAUGGCGUGCUGGUGGUCACGGUGCCUAGCCACGAGCGAGAGUGGACUGAGGUCAGGAAGGUUGAUAUCAUGUAGACGGCUGGUGGAUGGCUGGGCCAGUAAAGCAUAUCUCACGGGUUGAGAGCUGUUGCUGGAUUUGAUGCAUAUUCGGGUCGCAUUGCCUUGGUAUUAAAGAAUUAAAAAAAAGCCAAAAAAAAGAACCAAAUGUACAAAAAUAAACACAAAAACAUUGUACUUCAGA